AUCUUGUGCUCGGAGUAUCGAUACAUUCAUUCUGUCUAGAGUAUCGAUAUUUGUUUAGAAUUGUGAAAAGUAUAAUAAAAUCUGUGUAAAAGUGUAUAUUUAGUGGAGACGCUACUCUAGAUUUUAACAAUUUCCAACUGAUUAACCAUUCUUUCAUGGUUUAGUAGAUUGUAAUUAAUGUGAUUUGUCUCAAUUUAUUCUAUCAAUCUUGGUCACUAAAGUGUUUUCUUCAAAAUGGAAGGAACAAUCGAAAUUAAUCUCCUCAAAGAGUGUAUGCAAAAUUGUAUCAACCGUUUGGACAAGCCCUCAUUUUUUAGAUGUGAAUUGUGCCGUGUAAAAAUACAUUCUGGGGUAUUGAGCAGCCAUCUUUUCAAUGAUCGAAAACAUAAGCACAAGUUUUUUGCUUUCAAAGAAGAUAUUGUAAGCUUCAGUUUACCCAAGCCAGGUCAGGCUCAGCUUAUUGCUAUCAAUGCUAUGGUCGAGAAGUAUGCUACUCGUUUACUGACACCACAAGGAUUGGCAUUGAGGUUAAGAGCUGUCACUGAGAUUGAAAGAAUUAUACAAUCUUGGUUUCAUCGGAUAGAAGUUCAUCUUCGACCUUAUGGAUCAACCGUCUCAGGGUUUGCUUUGGAUACAUCUGAUGUUAACGUCGAAUUGAUGCUGGAUAAUGAAGAUGAAUGUAAUCCUUCACAAGUUCUUCAACAGGUCGCAAUGCAAAUGGAGCUUGAUCCUGAUACCUAUUUAGAUCUUCACAAAGAAUUUGACAUAUCCAGCCCAAGGUUUUCGUUUAAACUCAACUCACCUCAGUUUGGUAAUGAAUUACCAACAAUUCAUUUUGGUGUUUACUCGAGCUCUUCGUAUGAAGUUGCCGAAAUUUUAGCGAAAUAUGCUUCACUUGACUCAAGAGUGACAAAACUUGCUGCCUGCUUUAAAAUCUGGGCACAAAAUUGUGGGUUUGACCGACCUGAUCAUGGGUUUUGGCCAUCCCAUGCUUUUCACAUAAUGACUGUCCACUUUUUACAGUCAACAUCUCCGCCAGUUUUGCCUAGUUUUUAUCCCGCCGAUGGCUCAACACCAUCUAAAAAAGAAAUAGACGAUGUUUACAAAGAAUUGAAACAAACUUGGGUAUCUGAUAAUAGGAAAAGCCUUGGUGAACUUUGGAUUGAGCUCUUAGCUUAUUACGCUAAAGACUUUUGUAGUGAAAACAACGUGGUUAAUUUGAGGGGCCUUAAACUAACCUUGUCCUCUAAAGAAUGGUCAACUUGUAUUUUAGCAGUAGAGGACCCAGUUCAUUCCGCUCACAAUUUAAGUCGUAGUAUUGGACGCAAAGACCUUUAUUUCAAUUAUCAUCAUAAUUUAGUUAGAACAUAUAGCUUUUUUAUGGCACCACGAAAUCAUACUAAAUGUCUUCUCAAUAACCUAGAUGAUUUUAUUUUGGAGCAGACUUCACCAACCUUCAAGACGCAAAUUAAUGCAGAAGAUAGUGAUGAAGAAGAUAAGGAUGAUGACGACAAUGACGUUGAAGAACCUCGAGGCUCUACGCGAAUGGGUAAAAGUGAACUCAACUUUAAUUACCAUGUUAAAUUGAGCAAAAAAUUUGGAAUUUCUUUCCGCUUAAGACCCGAUGUUCAUAAACGUUGGGCUAAUUUGAAACCACAAGAUUUUUAUUAUUCUUUGGAAAUCAACAGAUAUCCGUUCUUUAAAGAACCUCCCAGAUAUUGUAUAAAAUGUAAGCGUAUUGAUCAUUACAAAAGUGAAUGUACAUCCGAAAAAUUACCUGACUUGUUAGCUGUGCCUAACAUGUUAACUCUGGAUAGAUCAGUUCGCUUGGAUGAAGUUUGUCGCCAAUUGUACUAUUCAAACAGAUUGGAUGAUAGAUACGAGAAGCUUCAUCAAACUGUGCUCUUGAAAUUGACUGAAGUGGUUCGUAUGUCCUACCCAAAUGCUAAUUUACAACUUUUCGGUUCUUCCAAAAAUGGAUUUGGUGCAAAAAAGUGUGACCUUGAUUUAUGCAUGACUUUUGAGGAUAAUGAGACCGGUAAAGACGUUGACCAGACAGCCGUCAUUUCGACCCUUGCAAAAGAUCUUCGUAAAUUUCGAAAAUCUAUUUCCAAUCUACAGCCGAUUCCUCAAGCCAAAGUACCAGUACUUAAACUACGAUUUCUUUUGCAAGAAUUUAACGAAUCUUUUGACUGUGACAUUAGUUUGUAUAACCUAUUGGCGAGUCACAAUACAAGAUUACUUCGAACCUAUUGCCAAAUAGACGAACGUGUUGCAAUGCUCGGUUUCACAGUUAAACAAUUUUUUAAGCAAUGUGGUAUUUGUGAUGCUUCAAAAGGGAGUCUGUCUUCUUACGCUUACACUCUGAUGACGCUGUAUUAUCUCCAAAGAUGUAGUCCACCAGUAAUACCAAUUUUGCAGGAACUUUACGAUGGUGAUCGACCUCCUGAACGGAUAGUCGAUGGCUACAACACAUGGUUUUUCGAGGACUUGGACCGCCUGCAAGAAAAGUGGAUUCAUUUUGGUGCCAAUACUCUCAGUGUUGGUAACUUAUUUUAUGGUUUCACAAAAUUUUAUGCAGAAAUUUUUCCGUUUGAUACGCUAGUGGUUUGUAUUAGACGCUCACGUGAUUUAACCAAAAUGGAAAAGAAAUGGACUGGAAGGCGCAUUGCAAUUGAAGAUCCAUUCUUACUUUCUCACAAUCUCGGACAAGGCAUCGAGCCUGAAAUGGCUCGUUACAUCAAAGCAUCAAUUGUUUUAGGUAGAAACCGAAUCGGUAACCAGCCGGAGAAUUUAAAAAAGUAUAAUUCAUGGUAUGAUUAUUUCUUCGAUUCUCAAUGUUUAACUGACGGCGCUUUCCCAAAAGGACGUGGUUGCCACUAUUGCAAUCGAAUUGGACACCAAAAAAGUAAUUGCCCUGAAAUGCCACAAAAUAGAGGGAAGAAUAGAGAUGAUUAUGAUAAAUCUAAGAGUAACGUUAAAAAUUCACCUAAAGGUAAUCGCAACCGUAAAGGCAUUGAAUCGAAUGAUUUUGGUAACGACUCGGAUCUAUAUUCUUCUCCUCGAUACAAUAAAAAGUCCCUACUCGGUAACGUGCAAAAUCAAUAUAAACGACUUUCUAUCAACCAACAAAACAGAAAUUUUUCAAACCCAUCCUCACCGCAAGAAGCACCAUCUUCAUCCAUUAGGUCACAUCGAAAUGACCGAACUCCUGGGUUACUGAACUCUCAUCAACAUCCCCAAUUAUGGCAUCCACCUUCCAAUAAUAAUAACAACCAUCAUCCUCAUCAAACCCCAAAACAAAACUCUCCAUCUAAUUUUAAUCACCGUUCAUUUGCUCAUUCAGGAAAUGGCAAUCGACAAGCAAACACCCGCUUUGGCAAUUCACGAAAUACACAGCUGGUUAACGAUGAUUCAUACCAGUACGAGAGCUUAGAGUUUCCAGAACUUGCAGCUAAUAAGCGAUUUACGAAUAGACGUCGUUGAUUCGAUGAUGAACCAACCCCAACUUACUUUGUUUAUUUAACUAACCAUUGACUAGAAAGAAAUGUGAUUUGUUCAACGAGAUAGCUGAUGAUAAGUGAAAAUGUUAAUAGACUUAAACAUUAAUUUCCAAAGGCAAAUGACUACAAUUAACAAUUCAAAAGCAACCUACACGAGGUUUCCUUCAAAAGUAAACAGCCGAAAAAUAAUUUCUUCGUCUACAGCAUUUUUUUGUAUUGUUUUGGUGAGAGCAGAGCAACAAUCAAAUGAUCAAAUCUACACUUCUUAAAGACACUUUCUUAAAUUAUCUUUAUCAUACUUUCUCUGUUGUUUUCAAAUCCUUCAACAAUUAUCUUCUUACUAAUUAGACUUUUCUUCUUUUGUAAACAUUGAAAAUAGCUAUUUUACUUAAGAGAGUUUAUUUGAAAUUUUUGUCGAAAUUGUGUCAACAAUAUACACACAGUCAACCAAAAUGAUUUUGACUACCUUUUAUAAAUUGCAUACACAAACGAUAUAAACUAAAAAUUCAUCUUGUUAAAAAAUUAACAUUUAAUUUGACUCGAUAUGAAUGUAAAUAGAUGUUGAUAAAGUAAUUAAAAUUAAUUCAUCUAGCUUUUUUUGUGAAAAUGUGCAAUUCCCAAAAAUGAAUUUAAAAAAAAGGUAAUCAAACUCAUUUUAAUUGGCACGAUAAGUUUUACUGUCACAACUCCUCAUUUUCAUGGAUAUCGUAUAAUUUUUAUCCUUAUAUUUGCCCAAAGUUUUAGCAAAGAAAUCUCACUUUCAUCGUUUUCAAUUUUAAUAAAAACUCGAGUUAUAGUUAAUGUAGCAUUCAUGUUGAAUCAAGGUAUUUUUAAAUUUAUUGAUAAUAAAAAUUUCCCAACUGA